AUGCGUUUCCGCACAGAACUCAAGAAUAUACGGACCUUUCUAAAACUCACAGCGGCUCUAUCAUCUCUCGAGAAGAUUGCAUGGAUGCGACUGAGCGAUGACACGGCACGCUUCACCGUGAUUCCCGACAUGGGAUCCCAAGUAUGGGCAUCCCUAUCCAUGGACUUCAUCUUCGACAACUACCACAUCCAGUCAGCCGAAGAGUCCAACACCAUCAACCUCGAGCUUCCUCUCCAACCGCUCCAGCGGGCAUUAAAGUCCGCCCUGAACAGCAUAUCGGCCUCUCUCAGGCUCACCAAGAAGGACGGUCUCCCCGUCCUCUCCAUGACCAUCACCGCCACCACAGGUGGCGGCAGAGCAUCCCGUGGAGCGGGAGGAGGGCCAGUAUCAGCAUCCCGCGACGACGACGACCAGUUCGCCGACGACCCAUUCACCGACGAAGCCAUGCUCCUGGACCACUCCCACCUCGAGACGUCCCUCCGCCGGGAGCACGAAAAGGUCAUAACCCAGGACAUACCCGUUCGGGUGCUGCACCCGGAGACGGUCGAGACAAUCAUGCAGCCCAAGGUGCGUGAGCCAGACGUGCACAUCCAGCUGCCGCCCCUGCUACAGCUCAAGGCCAUAUCCGACCGCUUCACUCGGCUGGCUCUCGCGUCGUCCGAGCCCGCAGGUACGGGCACGGGCACGGCCAACGGCAGCAGCUCUGCCUCUGCCGUCGCUGCCAUCAGGGCCCCCAAGCUGGAAAUCAGCGCCAACAUGCACGGCGGUCUGCGCCUGCGCAUCCGCACCGAGACAACCGACAUAUCGAGCCAGUGGUCCGGCCUCGAGAACCCGGAGCUCGACCCUGCUCAGCUAGACAUGCCCGUCGACGAACAUCCGAGCACGCGAUUCCGCGAGGAAGGCCCCGACCGCUGGGCCACCGUUCGUGUCGACGGGAAGGACUGGAGUCGUGUCCUCAGCGUCGGCCGUCUUGAGGGCCGUGUCAUCGCCUGCUUUGCUCAUGACCAUGCUCUCAUUCUUUAUGUCUAUGUCCCUCAUUAUGAUGAUGUUUCGGCCGACGACUCGGUUGUUACCGUGAGCAUCACCUCUUCUUUUCACUUCCAUUCCAAUCCUGCUUUCCACUUAUCCCAGCUUUGCUGUGUGCCAUGCUUACCUUUCUUCUGGCAGUACUACGUCCAAUCUUAUAGCUCUUGA